UUAACGUCGUUACGUUUAGUGAUUUAUGUAGCGGUACUUCAUGGCUAUUUUCAGCCUAAAUAGCUAGGAUCAUGACGUGAAUAGUUCAUAUGAAUACGAGGAACAAUGAUUAUUAUAUCUAUUCCAAGAUACCGUAAAGUUAGGGAUGAUAAAGGGGAAUACACGGUGUUUGAAAUUCAUGUUGCAAAACCAGGAGCGAGUAAUGUCAUCGAGAAGAGGUAUARCCACUUCUCCAAACUGGACAAAAGGUUGCGGAAAAUCAUUUACACCCCGAGUCUUCCUCCAAAGACGUUGAUGAACAAAGGGACUAAGUUAUUGGAGACACGACGCGAAGGGCUUGAACGAUACCUUCAAGAAUUAAUUGGGACAUUUGAGAUCUACGAUAUUUUGUCAGAGUUUUUUGAAACUCGAUUACCAGUUACUACACCAACUCGACCAAGAACGUCCUCAGCUGAUGAUCUGGAUGCAGAGGAUUACGCUGUUUCACAGAUUACACAUCAACAUUUAUUACAAUUUACUAAAGAUCCUGUAAUUCAUUUUUAUCAGAGAGAGAAGAAUUUUAUCGAAGAUUGGAAUUGUAUUCCAGAUACCGUAAUAAAAGGUGUGAUCGCUGGGAUCUAUGAGAAUGGCGAGGAUGGCACUACCAGAUCAGCUCCUAAAUCCACCUGAUUCUAUCUCUAGUUCUUGAUGUUAAAAAUAUUUUUAGUUUUCACCAGACGUAUUCUGCUUAUAUGAGAGCAAGUACCUUUCGAAAUUUUUCAAUGAAUUUUUAAAGACUUUUUAUCUGCAUUUUAUCAUAUAUCCGAUCCCAAAGUGAAAUAUUGAUUCUAAAAUUAAACAGGAUACAAUUGUUUUUAUAUGUGAUUAUGUUCACACAUAAACGUGUUUUCAGUUUUCAACACAAUGUAGUUUAUUUUAUCGUUUAUAAUGCAUCUUUUAAGUUUGAAUAUUUAAAAAACACUGCUUUAUAGGAUGAGAUUAAAGGCAAUUUUUUGACAGUUGCUUUUAGCAGAGGGGUGUGACUAAAGCAUCCUGCUUCCGGAAUGAAUUAUAGAAUAUUUUUCUUAGGUGCUUUAUUUAUUUGUAUGUUUAGGAAUAUAAAGAACUUUGUGUGAAGUAGUUGAAGAUAAGGUGACAAUUGCAAUUUUAAGGCGUUAAUUGCAAGAAAAUUGUUGAAGCAAAGGAGAAAAUUAUUAACACUUUUCUUAAUUGUGAUAAUCUUAUUUUAUUAUACAUAAGCUAAGAGGAACACAUGUAUCAAUAGACACAUUUUUUAAUCUCUUGAAAUGCCAUCAAAAGUAAGCCAUGUGCCUCCAACUGUUAAACCUGAUUCACAUGAGCAAUGCAAAUACAAAUGCAAAAGCAAACAAUUAAAAUUAUGUGUGAACUACUGUUGGCAAUUAAAGCAAACACAAAUUCAAAUUAUUAUUCAAGAAAUGGAGGCUUUUUCAUUUCAUUUUUGCUUGCAUUUUCAAUUUGCAUUUUCAGUGUAUGGACAUGUGUUUAUGAUUGCAAACAUAAGCAACAUUAUGCAUGAAUAGAGUAACACAAAUGCAAGACCAACAUUUUUUGAUGUAAAGCAGCUCUACAUGUACAGUCCAUGCUUAUAUCUUACUGCAAUUUUCAUAAACAUCUGAACUCUGUAUGCGAGUUGCACACUGAAAUUUGGUUUUUUGCUGCGGCAAGUCAAAAAUAUAAAAAGGUAUUGACUGAUUAGGUUUGAUUGACAGCAGCAAAAAAAAACAAAAUUCAGCUUGCAGCUCAAAGACACAGGGUUUGCAUGUUUAUGAAAAUAAUUGCAGUAAUAUGAUCAAUUAUAUUUGCAUUUCACGUGUGAACAUCGCUUGCAUGCAUUUACAUUUAUGUUGCUUGAGUGAGCCAGACUUGAUGCCUGAAUGUAGUAUUUUAUACUGUGCUUUGCAAAUCCAAGUAUUUCUUCAGUAUUUUUGACUUUACUUUAUGACAGUAUGUAGGAUGUACAUCUGUGCGACAUGCAGUCCUCCGCCUGCAUGCAGAAUAUGUUUUUUAAACCAAACCUUCAAUCUGGAGAAGGGCUGGCAUAGAUUUGCUGGUUGGGGUGGGCGUAAAGCUAGUGCACAGUUACUAUUGCAUAUCUGACAAAUGUUUCUAAGCAACACUAAGCAAUACUCCUUUUGGAUGAGCAAAUUUAAAAAUUAAAUAAUGGCAAAUGAAAAAAUGAAAUAUUAUAAUUAUUCUAAUUGAUAUUUAUAAUAAAAACUUAGAAAGCGAUGAUAAUCAGUAUUGAAGAGCAUUUGACACCAAUUGAUACAUGGGUGUUACAUUUGCUGCUCGGGUGCUGUAUUUCACUGCUGCCGCCGUUAACACCUUA